AUGAACGUUGAUCAGGCGCGUAUCCGAAAGGAGGGCGAAGGGCCGAAGGGUCGAAGGGGCGAAGGGACGAAGGGGCGACGGGGCAAAGGGGCGAAGGGACGAAGGGGCGACGGGGCAAAGGGGCGAAGGGGCGAAAGGACGAAGGGGCGACGGGGCAAAGGGGCGAAGGGGCGAAGGGGCGAAGGAACGAAGAUGCGAUGGGGCGAAGGGACGAAGGGGCGAAAGGGCGAAGGGGUGAAAGGACGAAAGGAGGGCGAAGGGGCGAAGGGGCGAAAGGAGGACCGACGAAAGACGAAAGACGAAAGGACGUCAUAUGUCAUGCGUCCUCCGUCCACCGUCCUCCGUCCUCCAUCCUCCGUCAUCCGUCCUCCGGCCAUCGUCCUCAGUCCUCCGUCCUGCAUCAUACGUUAUACGUCAUGCGGUAGCGUCCAACGUCCUCCGUCCUCCGUCCGGGCAAAAGGGCAAAGGGACGAAGGGGCGAAGGGGCGACAGGACGAAAGACGAAGGGACGAAGGGGCGAAGGGGCGAAGGGGCGAAGGGGCGAAAGGACGAAAGGGCGAAAGGACGAAAGGACGAAUGGAUGACAGGACGACAGGACGAGAGGACGAAAGGACGACCGACGAAAGACGAAAGACGAAAGACGAAGGCAAAGGGACGAAGGGGCGAAGGGGUGAAGGGGCGAAGGGGCGAAGGGACGUAGGGGCGAAAGUACGACAGAACGACAGGACGACAGGACGACAGGACGACAAGACGACAGGACGACAGGACGAAAGGACGACCGACGAAAGACGAAAGGACGUCAUGCGUCAUACGUCCUCCGUCCACCGUCCUCCGUCCUCUAUCCUCCGUCCUCCGUCCUCCGUGCUCCGUCCUCCGUGCUCCGUCCUGCAUCAUGCGUCAUACGUCAUACGUUAUACGUCAUGCGUCAUGCGUCCACAGUCCUCCGUCCUCCGUCCGGGCGAAGGGGCAAAGGGACGAAGGGGCGAAGGGGCGAAGGGGCGACAGGACGAAAGACGAAGGGACGAAGGGGCGAAGGGGAGAAAGGACGAAAGGGCGAAAGGACGAAAGGACGAAUGGAUGACAGGACGACAGGACGAGAGGACGAAAGGACGAGAGGACGAAAGGACGACCGACGAAAGACGAAAGACGAAGGCAAAGGGACGAAGGGGUGAAGGGGUGAAGGGGCGAAGGGGCGAAGGGACGUAG